UCCAUGGGAAGAGGAUGAGGUGGAAACUGCCUCCCAUUUUUAUUCAUUCUAUUCUAGGCUUCAAUUUUCCACCUCAUUUUCUUUUUUUAUAAAAAUUUUUAUCCUUAAAUUUCCAUUUCCGAUUCAUCCAGUUUCAUUUUCAGUUCCAUUUUUCCUCUCUGUGAUUCAAUGGUGGCAAUUCAAUUCAACAUGUAACUCCAACAGAGACAGAGGAUUUAAAAAUGACAGGAUCUGAAAGUGAAGCUCCCACUCUCGUUGCUUGUAAUGCAAAGAUAGAUUAUGAAGGUGGAGGUCCAACAGGUCCUGUUGCUAAUGGGGUUAUAUAUUCUGCUCCUGUUGCUAAUGGAGUAAUCUAUUCUGAAAGUCCUAAAUUCUUUGCUAAUUCCAAGGAUCCACCUUCUGUAAUUUCUGAAGUAAUUGUCUGUGAUCACAACAAAAUCACUGAAAAGCGCAAUCACGUUGCGAUGGAAGUUCAUUCUCCUAAAAAUCACAAGCAAGGUGGUUUAACUUUAAAUAGAGGCUUUAUUGAAACUAAGGCACCUAUUGAAUCUGUAAAAGCAGCCGUUUCUAAAUUUGGAGGGAUUGUUGAUUGGAAAGCUCGUCGAGUCCAUUCUAUGGUGGAGAGAAGUAAGACAGUGGAGGAAAAACUUGAGGACGUGCAGGAGGAGAUUCUUCAUUGUAGGAAAAGGUCAGAGAAAGCUGUGGAGGAAGAAUUCCGAGUGUUGAAGGAACUCGAAAACACAAAACAACGCAUAGAAGAAUUAAAGCUUGCACUAGAGGUUGCUCAAACAGAAGAGCAACAGGCAAAACAAGAUUCAGAACUUGCCAAGCUGAGACUAGAGGAGUUGGAGCAAGGAACCACUGAGGAGAAUGAUGAUGCUCUAGCUAAGGCACAGCUUGAGAUGGCCAUGGCCGGGCACGCUGCAGCAGUUUCAGAAUUGAAAUCUAUUAAAGAAGAAUUGGAAGUACUACGUAACGAGUUUGAUUCUUUAGUGUGCGAGAGAGAUGCUGCUAUAGAAACUGCUGAUGAUGCUCUUGCUGCAUCUAAGGAAGGUGAGAAGGCACUAGAGGAGCUGACUAUGGAGCUGGUCGCUUUAAAGCGAUCGUUGGAGUCUGCACAAGCUGCCCAUUUAGAAGCAGAAGAGCAAAGGAUGGGUGCAGCCUUAGCCAAAGAGCAAGAUUGUUUGAAAUGGAAGAAGGAGCUCAUCGACGCAGAAGAGGAGUUUUGUAGACUAAAUUUGCAAGUUAUGUCAAUUGAAGAUCUUAAAUUGAAAGUCAAUACUGCCUCAAUUUUGUUAUCGGAUUUGAAAGCGGAAAUGAUGGGCUAUAUGGAAUCGGUAUUAAGGGAGGAGAUAAGUGAUGAACAGGUCUUGGAAGGUGAAGUUGCCGAAACUGUGAAGAAAACAGAUACCGAAACAAUUUCAGCGGUUGAUUCAACAAAGAUGGAAUUGGAAGAAGUAAAGCUCAACAUAGAGAAAGCAAUUGCUGAGGUAGAAUGCUUGAAGAUGGCUGCUACUUCACUAAAAUCAGAGCUUGAAUUAGAGAAAUCUACUAUGGCCACCACUAAGAAGAGGGAAGGCAGGCCUUCCAACGCAGCUGAAUCACUUGAAGCUGAAUUAGAUAAGAACAUGUCAGAAAUAGCUGUUGUUCAGGGAAACGUAAAAGAAGCUAAAAAAAGUAGCAUAGACCUGACCAAUCAAUUGAAUCGAGCAAAAGAGGAGGCUGAUCAAGCCAAGCUAAUUGUUCAAAUGGCUCGUGAAGACCUGCAGAAGGCAAAGAUAGAAUCAGAUCAAGCAAAGGCAGAAUCAGAAGCAAUUGAAAGUAGAUUACUUGCAGCUCAGAAGGAGAUUGAGGCUUCCAAUGCUUCCAAAAUGUUAGCAUUAUCAGCAAUCCGAGCACUACAAGAGAGUGAUCCAACUGAAACCACAAAAGGAGAUUCACCAACCAUGGUAACUAUUUCACUAGAGGAAUACAACGAACUCAGUGAACAUGCCCGUGAGGCUGAGGAGCAGGCCAGAAUCAAGGUGACAGAAGCAAUUUCACAAAUUGAGAUCGCUAAGGAAUCCGAGGCAAAAAGUCAAGAAAUGCUUGAAGAAGUUAGUCGUGAACUAGUUGCUAGACAGGAAGCGCUGAAAGCUGCAAUGGAAAAGGAGAGCGAGGCCGAGGAAGGAAAGUUAGCAAUAGAACAAGAGUUGAGAAUAUGGAGGGCAGAACAAGAGGAACAAAGGAAGGAUGAUAAAUCUGGCCAAGAAGUUGUAAUUCCUACAACAAGUCCAAGGACAAGCUUUGAGGUAAAAGAAUCAACAACUAGUGAGGAAGCAGAUUCUCCUGCUCCCCAAGAGCCAAGUGCAAAGGAAGAGACAACAAAAGGCUUGGGUAGAACUGAAUCAUUAUCAGAAACAAAGGAUGGAAAGAAAAAGAAGAAGUCAUUCUUCCCCAAAAUGCUAACAUUGUUAGGCAAACCAAAAUCAAGUCGACAUAAAGCUACAUAACAUGUUAGUCUCAUUGACAAGACUCUCUUUUUAAUACAUUUAUGCGAUCUGAAUCUCUUUAUUCAACUAGCUUAGCUCCUCACCCUCUGUCUUCAUAAUAUUCUACCCUCUGAACUUAUUCAAUGAUAUAUGGAUUGAUCUUCUCAUGAAGGUGACUGGUUUGAAAACUUUGGAACAUAAAUUCAAUAUCACAAGGUUAGCUAGUACCUA